CGGAAAUUAGCGCACGGUUACUGAUUUAUAUACAGCAGCCAUGCCUCGUAAGUGCACGGUCUGCGGCUCGAAACAAUGGCAUAAAGAGCCGUCGAGCGGGCUCGUCAUCUGUAGCGAGGGCCACAUUCUCCAGAAUUAUAGAAACGAGACCCACGAAACACAAGAACUCGGGCCUCACACUCUACGUAAACGCAAAGUCCGCACAGGACGCAAAAAAGGCGAGAGGCAAUCCAAAGCCGAUCCCAAACUGUACCAUGGCGCACGGGCACAGUACCACUAUUUUCAGUGCUUGCAGCUGCUGUUAAGGAAACAGGUCGCGGCGCUGGUUAAGGCGUGGGAUCUGCCACCUGAAUUCGAGGUGAUAUGCAGGGACAUAUGGACGCUCUACCUAUGUCUGCUUCCUUCACCGCCACCGCCAGAACCUCUGCUAUACGAACAGGACAUCGAGGGAAAUAAUCAUAGAGAAGACUCUACGACACGCAGGGCACACUCUGCGGAGACGAAGACAAGUACGGCUAGAGACCACCAGGAUGAAGAAACAAAGAAGAAACCCUCGGACGAGUCGGACCCAGAAUCGGAUGCCUGUUCAAAUAAAGCCUCCUCUUCCGACUCAGACUCAGGCUCGGACACCGAAUCGAACGACAACGACGAUGACGAUGCUGAUGACAAACAUCGCAAAAGUAUCAUGGACGAAGAAAUGGCCUCUCUCCUCCGUGGACUCUCCGACUCUGAACCCGACUCCGAUGACGAGCUCGAACCCGACCCCAAUGCCCACGCAGGUCAAGGUGAUAAUACGCAUGAGCAUGAGCAAGAUAGAUCGAAGAGCAAGAAACGACAAGGUCAUCGUGGUGGGAGGUACGAGAGCCCUACGUGCACGCUUGCGGUGUUGCUUGUGGCUUGUUGGACGAUACGGGUGCCUGUUACGAUUAUGGAUCUUAUACGCCUAAUCGACUCAUACACUCUCCCCUACCUCGACCCGACGAACCAUCUCCCUCCGGAAAUGACACACCAUCUGAACAAACACGCCCUGCAGGCGAUCUCUCCGCCGCACGCCCCCUCCGCCCUCCUGCUACACGGCCUCGCCUCUCGCCUAGCGCGGCGCAUGUACGCCACUUAUGGCGUCUACACGCCCGAGCUUAAUGCGGGUCCGUUGAUGUGGCGUGUGGUUUGUGCGUUGGGGGGAACGCCCGUCCUCUACACCCUAACAAAAUCCCUCGCCCACCCCCUCUCGCUACCCCUCUCUCUCCACCCCCCCGGCCUCACACACGCCACACGACGCGAGCGAGCGGGUGCGUCGGACGAUCCGGGGAGCUAUAAGUUCGAUGGGGCGCCGCCGGAGGUGGCGUUGAUGGGUGUUGUGAUCGUGGUGCUGAAGAUGGUUUAUGGAUUGGAUGGGGAUGGAGAGGGAGAGGGAGAUGCACGGAGGAACCAAGCAACAACGGCAACGGACGCGACGGAUCCGGGAUACGCAUUACCUCGGCUGGAAGACCUACUCUCGUCGAUCGCGAAGCUCGAUAACGAUCACGGACAAAGCCAAAGCGAAGAACAUCUAUUCUCGGCGCGGACGAACGUGUCGACGGCGGAGAUGGGAGAUUCGGAGUUGGAUUUAUAUUUAGGUUUUUGCGAGAGGGCGUUGUUGGGCGAGCACGAGCACGAGCACGAGCAGCGAGCAGCGGGGGAAAGAGAAGGUUCAGAACGGAGGAUCCUCGACGAGUACUUUCCCCUGAAGACGGGAGACCAAGACCGCAGGGUGGAGGGCGAUCGACGACGAGCACAGGGACAGGAACUGGUGGUGGGGCGACGGAGGGCGAUGACGAUGACGGUGGAGGGACAUGAGGAGGGUGAGAAGAACGAGGGACGCAAGGCUGGAGAAGGAUAUACGGUUUACAACACGCAAGACGUGCUAGGAACGGUGCCAGAGGACUAUGCGCUGGUGGUUGGACGGGCAGCGCAGUGGACGGGGGUGGACGCAGAGUACAUCUAUGGGGUGGUCGAGCGGUACGAGCGGCGGCUUGUGCGGUGGUGGGACGGGAUGCGACGACGGGGAAGGGUUUUGUGAGAGCGAGAGGUAGAUGUAGAUAUUAUAUUAUGUGAUGUU